AUGAGGCGGAUACCAUAUGCUUUGGCUGUUGGUAGUCUCAUGAAUGCCAUGGUCUGUACCAGACCUAACAUCUGCUACUCUCUAGGGAUUGUUAGUAGAUAUCAGUCCAAUCCUGGACUUGAUCAUUGGUCAGCUGUGAAGAAUAUCUUAAAAUACCUUAGAAGAACUAAGAGUUUCAUGCUUGUUUAUGGAGGUGAUGAUCUGGUUCUAAUCAGAUAUACGGAUUCUGAUUUGCAAUCGGAUCCAGAUGCUAGGAGAUCUACAUCUGGAUAUGUGUUCAAACUCAAUAGAGGGGCAGUUAGUUGGAAGAGUGUAAAGCAGGGUUAUACAACUGACUCAACUAUGGAAGCAGAAUACAUUGCAGCCUCUGAGGCUGCAAAAGAAGCUGUUUGGUUGAGAAACUUUCUAAUUGAACUGGAGGUUGUGGAGCAUAUAGAUCGGCCUAUGACCCUUCAUUACGACAAUAGUGCAGCUAUAGCCCAAACCAAAGACCCAAAAUUUUAUAAAAGAACAAGAAACAUUCAGAGGAAACAUAAUGUGGUUCAUGAUAUAGUAAAGCGAGGAGAUAUACUUAUGGCUAAGAUUGCAUCGAAACAUAACCUUGCUAAUCCAUUCACAAAGGCUUUAUCAAUCAAAAUGUUUGAUCGUCAUAUGGAAAACAUGGGAGUUAGAUGUGAUUCGAAUUGUCUAUAA